AUGGGAGAUGUGUUAACAAAUGACAUAGCAGAUUUUGAUGGUAUUCAAAUGAAGCUAAGAGGAGAUGGCAGAACCUAUGCAUUUAACGUUCAAACACAGAGCAUCAGGGAGGAUGACGUACAUCAGACCUUUAUCCACACAAGAGGAGGACCACUGUGGGAGAUAGUGCGGGUAAAUCACAAUCAGUUAUUACAUUGUAGAGAGAUUUAGAAUCACAUUGGCAAAAGACAAUUUCCAUCAUGCAGCUGGGUUUUUUGUUUACAUCUCCUUUACUCUUUAUUAUAUCUUUACUUCUGUUAAGUUUUUACCUGCUUACUUCCUAAUUUAAGAACUUGUCUACUCGAAUCUGACAUUCAUUGUUUGCAGUAAACAUGUAUGAUUUUACCAGUAAGUCAUUCUCUUACCAGCAAUAUUGAUAUGGUGAUAUUAAUUUAUUGAUGGCAGCAUCACUUUAGACUAAUAACUUUGUCCUCUCAACAUUUUUAACAGAUUCCUUUCACAAAAUUUGUUCUCACAAAUGCUGGAUACUUACAAGAUCAUCAGAUGGAUUUUCCCAGAAUACGAACUGUUGGCUUCACUCUUGCAGAUUACAACACUGGACCAUUUCAUCUGGAAAUUGACUAUAUUAAGCUAGUUAUGUUCAUGUACCAGCCAAAGCACUUCAAGUAUCACCACAAACCAAAGGACUUUUGA